CAUGGCACCUCACAGGGCUCUUCUGGCUGCCAAAGAUGGAGAUUUACUGACACUGAAGAACUUGUUGGAUGCCCAAACUUUAGAUGUGGAUGUUGCAGAUGAGCAGGGAGCCACUCCUGUGCACCAUGCUGCACGAACUGGAAAGUUUGACUGUUUGCAGUUUCUGGUAUUAGAGGCAAAGCUGCCAGGGAAUCAGAGGGCUAAGAAUGGAGCAAGUCCUGCGCAUGAUGCUGCAGCCACUGGAAAUCUAGCUGAACUGAAGUUUUUGAUUGAAAGUGGAGGCUGCAGUUUGCAGGACCGAGAUGCUUCUGGAGCCACCGUCCUUCACCUGGCCGUCCGUUUUGGCCGUUUGGAGACUAUCCAAUGGCUGCUGCAGGCUGGCUGUGAUCCUACAUUAGUGACAGAGAGUGGAGCAAUUUCUGCCCAUUAUGCUGCAGCGAAGGGUGACCUAACAUGCCUCAAGUUACUUACUGAACAUGCACCCAGCUCAGUGGAUAAGCAGACCAUAAGUGGAGCCACACCAGUGUACCUGGCAUGCCAAGAGGGACAUCUUCCCAUUGUGGAGUUCCUGGUUAAGGACUGUAAGGCCAGCAUCAGCCUGAGGACAUGGGAUGGAAUGACAGUGCUCCAUGCAGCUAUACAGAUGGGACAUGAGGCUGUUACAGAGUGGCUGAUUUCAUUCACCAACAUUGACCUCUGUGCUCAGGACAAGGAAGGAGCCACAGUUCUACAUUAUGCUGCCAGCGGAGGCCACACAAGGAUUCUCAAUCGAUUACUGCACACUGGAGCCAAGAUCAUGAAUGACCACUGGGGUGGAACACCACUGCAUGAUGCGGCUGAGAAUGGAGAGAUGGAGUGUUGUCAGAUGCUGAUUCUCAGUGGAGUAGAUUCAGCUCUACAAGAUGAAGACGGCUACACAGCAGCAGAUCUGGCAGAGUAUAAUGGUCAUGUAGAUUGUGCCAACUACCUGCGACAGUUUAUACCGAUUAUUAGCAGUCAACUGGGUAUUACUGAAUCCAGCACAAAAGAAACAGACCAUAAGCCUAAGACAGCAGUAACAACGCAACAAAGUGCAGGGGAGUACUGUGGAGUUGUGAACGAGAAAGGUCCAACCAAAGGGAUAGAGAAUGGCAAGGAUCAUCUGCUGGUGAAUUCAGUGCCACCUCAGCAGACUCCUGUUCCCUUACAUCAAGUUACAGCCAGCAGUCCCACUGUGCUGCAGCAGGCAACUAAGAUGCCAAGGGGAAAGCAGAUGAAUCAACUGUCCCCAGGUAAGCAGGCUACCAACAUGAUGAAGAAAACUGGGCCCAAGAAGCCAUUAUUAGACCUGAAGGCACUUCAUGUCAAAUCUAUAAAGAAAGCUGGAAUUACUGCUAUGUUCAAGCCACUUGUGACUCAAAAACAAGUGGACCAAUCUCAUCCUGCUGAAAAUGGAUUUGUUCCUCUUGAAGUUGUUGAGAUGAACUUAGCAGAUGUGGACUCUCUGGUGCCCACACAUGAUGAGAAAGGCCGACCUAUACCAGAAUGGAAGAGGCAGGUGAUGGUACGCAAAUUGCAGGCACGUCUAGAAGAUGAAGAAGCAAAAAAGACAAAGGUUUCUGAUGUAAUUAAAGACUACAUUAUUGUUUUCAUCCUUCAGUAUUAA